ACGCCGUUCGAGACUGCGAGACUCGCUCUUCUCAUCGAUCCCACCUCGCCGACGGCUCGCCCUACCUGAGUGGACUCGUGACGAAUGCGAGAGCACAGGAAACGAGACCUGAGAAAAAAAGACUUUGCAUGUCGAAUCUAUCUCUCUACAUAUAUGUGAUAUAAUUGAUAUGAAUUAAAUGGCACCUUAUCAUCCAUAUCGUCAAAUGGCCAAUUUGAUAUACAAUCUGAUUGGUUCUUCCAAUGGGAAAAGCUCUAGUCCCGUUGUAAGUGGCUCUGAUCAAUGGUGGGAACUUACCAAUGUCGGGUACAACCAUAGACUUAUAUUCAUGAGUAUAUCGUGUGCCAAAAUCUUAACAAGAAGGAGUGUUAAGUAAGGAUCUUUGCACAAUACCAGGCAACAAAGAAUAGAAACAGAAAUAAUGAAAGCGAGAAAGAGAGAAAGGAUUUUUUUUAUUUUUUCUCAUUCUAACUUAUUGCAUUAGUACAGCAGUGCAGCUAUCAAGAACAAACCUUAUGUUCGUGAAGAGUCACGGUAAUUCGCAUGCGCCAAAUGAACGUCCGACUCCGACCAACUCCGACAUGCGAACUGCUACUUGAGAGGGGAUUUGUAAAUUUAAAAUACCCGUCAACUUUGCCGUAACCUGCUGUAACGGCGUAACCUCACUGAACCUCACAAAAAUUUAAACUGUCGCUGCACCGUUUACGCGACCAGGAUUUGUGAACGGAGAUCGAUCAAAGAAAAAAAAGGAGUAAUAUCGUAAAAUGUCCGGAACAUCGGAAUUAUACAGUGAGAGUGUGAAUGAUACGAAGAUCGAAGAAGCUCUGGAGAAGAGCUCGAAAAGUAAGGAUGAUUAUAAAAGGCUGAAGCAAGAGAACGAAAACUACCGGCAAGAGUUACACGAUCUGCGACGCAAGCUGGAAACUAGCGAGGCCUUCCAAAAAGAUCUUCAAGAGUCUUACGAGACUAUAGACAUAAGUUUCAAGCAGUACAUCAAAAAAGUAGACGAUGCGCGUGAAAAGAGGGAAGAAAUGUUUAAAACUGAGAAAAGGGAAUACAAAGAUCAUAUUGAAGCCCUGGAAACAAACCUAAUAAAAAGUGAACUAGAUAUUAAACAGUUACAAGAAGAGCUGAAAGAAUAUAAAGAUCUUGUAAAUAAACAACCAUCUCAUCUGACUGCCAUGGAAGAUACUUUAACACGAUACAAAGAAGAGCAUGCAGAAUUAAUUAUACUUCUUGAAGAUGAAAAAAAGAAGUUUACUCAAAAAAAAGAGGAUGAAAUGGAAUUAAGGAAACAAAUUUUAGCCAUGGCGGAGCAUAUUGACGAGCUUGAAGCUGCUUUGGAAAGCACAAAACUACAAUUAAUUAAGAAAACUGGAGAACUUGAAGAGUUACAGGAAACUGUUCAAGAUUUAGCCAUGAAUCUUAUGGAAUUGAAAUCACCAAAUACGGUUCCUGCUAGUGAGACGUGUAAAGGAAAUUCCUUAUUUGCCGAAGUCGAAGAUCGUCGACAAAUGCUGAUGGAUAAAAUGAAAGUAAUGACAAAUAAAUAUAAUGAGACAAAGCGAGCAUUGAAUGUAAAAAUAGCCGAACUUAAUACACUAAGAGCAGAAAAAUUUAAAGUGACCAAGAAAUGGGAAGCUGAUAUGAAUGAUACAUUGCAAGAAAAGGAAGAUCUUCUGAAUAAAUAUAAGAGUAGAAUUUUCGAUCUUGAAAAGAAGUUGAAGGUUGAGAUGAAGAAAAAUGAACAGGAAGAAAUACAACUUACAGAGGACAGCUUUAAUUACGCUCAAACGUUGUUAACUGCAAAGACGAAAGAGCUGAAGGAGUUGAAGGAAAAGUGUGAGAAGCAAGCUAUGCAAUUGCUAGUGCAAGAUGAGACAAACCAUCGUAUCUCGGUAGAGCUUCGUUUUUGGCGAGCUAAAACAGUAUCUCUGGAGGCUCAAAUUUUGAACUUACAAGCAAAAUUGGAAAAAAUUCAACAAACAAAUGAUAAUUUCUUUGACGCUAUUGAGGAUUGCAAUCAUUGUGAUAAUGUAAAUGUUAAAAGAACCUGUGAUGACACAAAAUUUAUAUCUGACAAGUCUACGCCCGAGAAUAAUACAUGUCAAGAAAAUUCAGAGAUGUUAAAAAAACCAGUAGUAGAUUCCACGAAUGAACAGAGGGAAUUAUCUAAAAAAUGUGUAAAUUUUACUAUGGAUACUACAAUUAUCCAAAAUAAAUCUUUGAGAUUACCUUCAUCUGAUCUCCAAGAAAGACAAAAGAAAAUUGAAUAUCCUAUUAUAAGCUUUAAAGAUGAUACAGAAGAGUUCUCUGUUCACUGAUGAUUUAAUUUUUUUAAUUUUUGUAACUUUACUGCGACAUUUGUAUACUACAUUUAUCAUUUAUGGAAUAAUUUAUUUGUUGUAUUUGCAUGGAAAAAAUAGAACUAUGUAAGUAAAGGUACUAAACAAUUAGUGGAUAAAACAUGUAUUUUCGAAGCAUAUAAUUUUAAUAAAGGAUAUAGGAAUUUA